CCGGGCAGAGCCCGCGACCUGCCCGCCCGCCCGGGUGUCCGUGGGUCCGUCUGCGGGGCCAUCUGCGGGUGGGGCGCCCGGGGCCCCCUGCGGAACUGCGUGCGGAGCGCCAGGACCCCCGGCCCGAGCUCAGCAUGCGGCCCGCCGGCCUCGGGAGCGUGUGGCUGCUGGCGUGCUCGCUGCUCCUCGCCCCGCUGGCCGCCGUGCCGCCCGGCUUCUCGCCCUCGCUGAGAAACGGGCCCGGUGGUGGUGGCGCAUGCAGACUGUCGCGGGCCGAGUCGGAGCGCCGCUGCAGGGCGCCGGGGCAGCCGCCAGGGGGCGCGCUGUGCCACGGCCGGGGCCACUGCGACUGCGGGGUCUGCAUCUGCCACGUGAGCGAGCCGGGCAUGUACUUCGGGCCCCUGUGCGAGUGUCACGAGUGGGUGUGUGAGACCUACAACGGAAGCACCUGUGCAGGCCAUGGGAAGUGUGAUUGUGGCAAGUGCAAAUGUGACGCAGGUUGGUCUGGGAACGUUUGCCAGUACCCAACUCACUGUGACCUGACAAAGAAAAAAAGUAACCAAAUGUGCAAGAAUUCUCAAGAUAUCAUCUGCUCCAAUGCAGGUACAUGUCACUGUGGCAGGUGUAAGUGUGAUAAUUCUGAUGGAAAUGGACUCAUUUAUGGUAAAUUUUGUGAGUGUGAUGAUAGAGAAUGCAUUGAUGAUGAAACAGAAGAAAUAUGUGGAGGCCAUGGAAAGUGUUACUGUGGAAACUGUUACUGCGAGGCUGGUUGGCAUGGAGAUAAAUGUGAAUUCCAGUGCGCGAUCACCCCCUGGGAGAGCAAGCGUGGAUGCUCAGCCCCGGAUGGCAGAAUCUGCAGCAACAGAGGAACUUGUGUGUGUGGUGAAUGUUCCUGCCAUGACGUGGACCCCACAGGAGACUGGGGAGACAUCCACGGGAACACCUGUGAGUGUGAUGAGAGGGAUUGCAGAGCUGUCUAUGACAGAUACUCGGAUGAUUUCUGUUCCGGUCACGGACAGUGUAACUGUGGAAGAUGUGACUGCAAAGUUGGCUGGUACGGGAAAAAGUGUGAACACCCACGUUCCUGCCCGCUGUCUGAGGAAGAGAGCAUCCGAAAGUGCCAAGGAAGCUCUGAGCUGCCCUGUUCUGGAAGGGGUAAGUGCGAAUGUGGCAGCUGCACUUGCUACCCACCGGGAGAUCGCAAGGUGUACGGCAAGACCUGUGAGUGCGACGAUCGGCGCUGUGAGGACCUGGAGGGGGUGGUGUGUGGAGGUCACGGCACUUGCUCCUGCGGCCUCUGUGUUUGUGAGAAAGGCUGGUUUGGGAAGCUCUGUCAACACCCGCGCAAGUGUAACCUGACAGAGGAACAGAGCAGGAGUUUGUGUGAAUCAGCCGAUGGCACGCUGUGCUCGGGGAAGGGCUCCUGUCACUGUGGAAAGUGCAUUUGUUCUGCUGAGGAGUGGUAUGUUUCUGGAGAAUUCUGCGACUGUGAUGACAGAGACUGUGACCAGCACGACGGUCUUAUCUGUACAGGGAAUGGACUCUGUAGCUGUGGAAACUGUGAAUGCUGGGAUGGAUGGACAGGAAACGCAUGUGAGAUCUGGCUUGGCACAGAAUACCCAUAACAACCACUCGAGAGAGGACUGGAUCGUUAUUUAUCUAGUCCCUUAGAAUAUUAAGUGUGAAGGAAACUAUGUAUAAUCCCCACUAGAACAGGUCAAACAGACGAUUGCAUAUUUUUCUAUUUCUGAAAGCCUGGGUGAUACGUGGAUACUGACUAAAGAUGAGUUAAGUGGACUCCGAAGUAAACAACACCUGAAGUUCUCUUCCAUAACUGGCAUCGGUAGCUCUCAACAAGGGCACUGUUACCACCCAGAGAAUGUCUGGUUAUGUCUACAGACAACUCGAUUGUCAUAUGGGUGGAGUGGGGGGACGUGCUGGGGCAUCUAAUAUGGAGAAGCCAAGGAUGCUACAAAACAUCCCACCGUGCACUGGACAGCACCCCCAUAUAAAGGAAUAUCUGAUUCCUAAGGUCAAAAGUGCCAAAAUUGAGACUUGCUGACAUUUGUGGUGACAAGGAUGGUGCAUUCCUGUGUGACAGAGACCUUAUCAGAAGCUUAGGACAGUGGUCUCUUCACCUCAGUCCCUCGUAGUGGGGCAGGAUCCCAUAUGACUCGGCAUUUUCAUAUGGGGACAACAACAAAAACAAUCACACAAGAGAUUGGGUGCCAGAGGCAAGAUCACCAGGUGCUUUUGAAAAAUAAAGACUGGUCCAUAGUAGUCGCUGAGCCACGUGCCUACUCUAAUUUUAAACUCACCAAAGAAGGUUUUCUUUACAUAGAGAAAUCAUGAAAAAUGUACAAUUAAGCAUUAUAAAUAAAUAGUGACAUACAUUACUUAUACUCUGUGUCAAUAUAUAUUUGUUAACUGAUUAUUCCCAAAUAAUGAUUAUUAUUCAGGGGUAUUUAUAUUUUGUUAAUAGAUUUUUUAACAACUGGGUAGGGGCUGCAUGUAACAGAAAUCUGAUUUUUGUUAUUUAACUUAUUUUAUAGUAGUUUGCCUUUUAAAAAAAGACAAUAUUUUUUUAUGAAGGGUCUGAGAUGUGCACUCAUUUUGUUUUCUGAAGGACACAUUGCUUACGAGGCAAGCAGGGUGGUGGAAAGAACUUAAGAAAAACAAGAUACAGUGUACAAAUUUCAAAAUUUCAGAGGACAUAAACCAAAAUAUAAAAAUGGUUUAAAUAGAAAUUACAAAUAUUCACUCAUUGAUAGGAAUAAAAUGUUUAUUUUCUUAGUGGUGGCAUUUUAUUGUAUAUGAAAUUCACAUUGAAUUAUGAAAAUGUACAAUAAUUUGGCCUUCCCUUACAUAUUUACAGUUAAAUCUACUUAUACAUAUUAGCUUAGGCAACCUUUAAUUCUUUAGAGCUAAAAAAUACCCCACUUUUUCCUAAAUGUGAAUUAUAUAUUGUAAAAUUCUAGAAUAAUAUAACAAAAUAAUUUCCUUAUCAUUUAAGAUGAAAAUUUUUCCUUGGAAAUUUUACUUUAUGGUGUAAAUAUUCUCAAGUCAUGGCUUGGACUUUAUAAGCCAAAUUGCCCAAAAUAAGGAAAAUAUGCACCUGUGGAGUUACUUUAAAAUUUAGUAUUGAAAAUUAUUUAAGAGAAAAUUUCACUGAUGCUGAUUUGGACAUACUAGCCAUGUUCACAUACUUGAAUAUAUUUAUAAAAUGUUUCCCUUUAUCCUGAGAUUAUGAAGUGCAACCAUGCUAGUUGUAUCUCGAUUCCUAAGUAUGUCAAUUGAUAUACAGAUUUUGUAAGAUGAGAGGAAAUAGAAGCAGUCAAUAUAAUCUAAAUUUUAUUCUUCUCUCUUUUCUAAGCACAUUAAUCCUCAAAAUUGCCUAUUGUAAUAGUUCAGAGACCCCUGUGAUGAUUUCUAGGAUGAUGAACAAACAUUCAUGACAUUAUAGUAAUCACCAUACCAACGGCAUUUUGUUUUCCUAUCAUUGAACUCUGCUUUGUAGAGAGGACCACCAUAUGUCAAAUGUUUUUGGUUUGGGGGCCACAUACAUCUCUUGGUUUGUGUUUCAUACUUUAAGGGGGAAAAGUGAACUCAAUCUCAGCUCUGAGAUCACAGAGAAGCAGGUGACCAGCUGGAUUGGACUCCCAGAUGGAAAAUAUUGGCCAACUGGUUAGAACUGCCUUUUCCUAAGUAAUAUCACAGGGCCACAAGGUGCCUUAUAUCUCUUCUGGUUUUCCAUAACUGUUUCCCUUCUUCAUUAACAACAAGGAUAACAAAAGCAUUGUUCUGUCUAUGCUCUGUAUAAGAAAAAGGUCCUCAGCAUUUAUGUUUUUCAAGAAAAGGAAUAGAUGUGGAGAGGGAAUUAUACUAUAAAGAGCAAACUUUAGUUUGUGCAAAUUUUACAUUUUGCCAAAUCCCUUGGCCAAACUGGAAGCACUUAUUCAGCAUACCUAUUUUGUGUGGUUCAUUGAACUACAAAUCAUUGAACCACACUGAAUUUUAGCAUGAGUUUCAUGAGACCAAAACUCGAAUGAAGAGUCUCCUUUUAAAAGAAAUAUUUCUUUUCACUCCUUUUGUAUGCAAGAGUCAGUGGAUUAAGAAGUGGUUUAAUUUACUGGGUACUGGGUAAAUCUGAAAAUUAAAAACAAAAAGUUGCUUAAAGACAAAUUCUACCUUUAUUCUUAAAUGUGUUUUUUGUACCUUGCUUUUGAAAUGUUACAACAGAGAAACUUCCUCAGGAAAGGUGCAAGUGCGUUUGACACUACCCUGUUGACCUAGCCCACAGGAAUUUUCCCAUAAGAGUUUUUC